AUGAUGUUGUCGUCAAAGAUCUCAAGCCUGAAUAAAACAACAGUAACUUCGGUUACCAAUGUUCUUUAUAGAUCACUUUCGACUUCAUCAGAGUCGGCAGCCAACCUUACCAAUAGUUUUAAUAAUAGAGACAAAAAGAUUUUGAUUCAUGGUAGUGAUGUAGCUGGUGUUUCAUUAGCAUUGUUUCUAAAGAAGAAAGGUAUUUCAAGUGAAUUGGUGGAUACAGGAUCAAGAUUAGAUAGAGGUAUUUUGAUAAGUGCAAAUGCAUCGAAAGCACUGAAACAAAACGGUGUAUUCGAAUCGAUAUAUCGCAAGGGUAAAGACGUUACCUCUUCCAUUGUCACCUCGAAAGACGGAGAGAUCUAUGGAAGUUGCAACUUUGAAAAGUACGACCCAAUAUUGCCUUUUGCACUGACAGAAGCGACAUUUGUAGAGACUUUACUUCAAGAGUGUCUUUCCACACCACAAUCCGGUGAGGGAAGCGUAAAGUUGAGAAAAGGUGAUCAAAGACUUACAUUAUCAUUACCAAAACAACAACAACAACAACAAGGUCAACAACAAAAGAUAUAUGUAGGAUACUCAGAGACAAGUAAAGCAGCUUACGACUUGGUGGUUGGCAGUGAGGGAUACGGACAAACCUCUGAUCUACUCUCAACGUCACCUGUUAGAAACUACCUGUUGAAAGACGCUUCCGUACCGCAGACCACACAGUACGCAGAGCAACUCUAUCACUUCAAAACGGUUAUCAAUAAGCCAAGUUUGUUCCCAGCGAUCGUACACCAACAGUUUGCAACAGAGAAGCGUUUGCUUACAUUCCCACUGCCAAACGACCGUCUUGCCAUUAGCGGUUCGUUCAAGCGACCGCUCAACCAAAUCGGCGAGCCAGAGAAUGCACGUAACAAGAUAUUCAACACAUUCACCGAUUUCGAGGAUAUCGGUGCACACACCGUUAUCUCAUUCCUAGAGUCUGCGCCGGAGAACUUGAAACUCGAGAAAUCCGAUCAACAUCGUUUGCAAUCCUAUAUCUCAUCGACAGGUAAUAUCGUUGCAAUUAGCGAUGCCGCCGAUAAGUUAGCAAGUGGUUCAUUCGAAAGUAAUUUUAUUGGAAUUGAAGAUGCAUAUAGAUUAUCAGAGAUGUUGAGUCAAUCACCGGAGUCAAUCAGUCAGAUUUUAGAAUCAUUCAAUAGAGAUCGUCAACAGAGAAUGAAAUUGAUUCUAGCUGCAAUCGAUCAACAAGAAAAAGUUGUAUAUAAAGGUGGCUGGCAAGUAAGAACUCUUGGAAAAUAUUAUCUCAAAUUCUACUACUCUCAAAGACAACAAGCAAAGAGAUUGAGAGAACUGAGAAAAUAA